UGCCGGCUUUUGUCGAAAUCGUAGCUGGUUUCUUUCUGUUUCUGUCCCUUUUUCCUCUCCAGUUCCAGGACUUUGAGUAGAUGCAGAAAGAUGCAACUGACUAAAGAUACGAUGAAUCCGGCGGCCUGCUUGAGAGAGAGAGACAGCUGAUAAGCAAGUGGCCACGUGAUUAUGCAGACACCCCACCAUGCCUCUAGUAGACUGGUUCCUCCGCCACUCGGUUACCAUGUGGCUGCUUCUCCAGAGCUUUGUUCUGAUGACCUUUUGUUUCCAUUCGGCCACUACCUUUCCCAAGGGCUGCUAUCACGCAGAAGAGAGCGGUUACAAAACCUUCCGGUGCAGCAACGCUCAGCUCACAGAGGUCCCUAAGGACAUACCCAAUGACACUAACAAGCUCUACCUGGAUUUCAACCAGAUUGCCUUCCUCCCCAUUGACGCCUUUCGGAACUUGCCGGUCCUGCUGGAGCUGGAUCUGUCUCACAAUGCCAUCGUCAGGAUAGAGAGUGGGGCUUUCCGGGGCUUGUCGGAGCACUUGCAUUCCCUGGAUUUGUCCUCAAACAAGCUGGUGUCAGUCAAUAAGGAUGUCUUUAGCAAUCUGAAGGCCAAGGUCAAUCUCUCCAGCAACCCUUGGCUGUGCGACUGCAGGCUCCAGGAGCUGAUCAGGACAGUGGACCUGGUUGCUGGGUCCUCUGGGAGCAUCCUCUGCGACUCCUCUGCUAAGGAGGAGCAUGUUGGCAAGCCCUUCCUGCAAGUGGUCACAGACAUGGACUUCUGCAGCGUUUACAAAAAGACCACGGACAUAGCCAUGCUGGUCACCAUGUUCGGCUGGUUCGCCAUGGUGAUCUCCUACCUGGUCUAUUAUGUCCGGCAGAACCAAGAAGAUGCCCGUCGGCACCUUGAGUACCUGAAGUCCUUGCCCAGCAAGCAGAGGAAGUCAGAAGAGUCCUCCACCAUCAGCACCGUGGUGUGACUGAAAAACCGCUCCCUCCUGCCCCAACCCCAGCAAAUGUAGGACCCCUGGGGAAGUUUGUGGAAAGACCCCUGCUGAGUUUCAUGGGUAUUCAAUCAGCUCCAUAGACACACAAAGGCUGAAGAGGCUUUUAGUUAACAACAGUAACAACAAAAUUAGUUUUUCUCUUUAGAAAUCAAACAGACCGUUUCAGGAGACCCAGACCUGCGUGUUCAGAACAAAACAGGAGCAAGGAAGGCUUGAGCUCUAUCCACAAUUCUGCAGAUCAAGAGCCAACUGGGCUGUGAUCUAGAGCAAUUAGCGAGGGCUCAGCGGCGCCACGAGGGAUUUGGGCAUCUGUUUAUUGCGUUGAAUAACAGAGGGAAAAGAAAAGAAACCCAGUGUGUCUCCUCAAGCAUACAGUAAUUACUCAGAUGAU